ACAUCAUUCUGAUAAGGACUGGCUUAUAUAUGUAGGGUUUUCUUCGAGUCUGCGAUCCUUGCUGUCCACAUUAUUCUCCCCCAGGCAGAUCAAAGACCCGACGUUCCCCCUUGACUAUGUGAUCAUAGGCAGAUGCAGUUCAGCUGGCAGCUCUGUUUUACCAAAGGACCAAUCGACCGAUGUGGAAACAGGAGUUGUCAAAAAAUCCUCGACAUUCUUCGUAUCCCGCCUUGAUGAGUGCUCCGUGUAUCCAGCACCCUCGAUACUCUGCCAGCCCGGCCCGGUCUCUCCGCACAACAAUACAUACCGUACUUGCUGCGAUGAUUCAAACCCAGCCCCGGUACUUUAAUCUAUCAUAAUAGCAUCAUUAGUACUUUCUCCCAUGUCUGGCGUCCCUUCCUCAACGUCAACUUCGCUGUCGGCGUCCAGUCCAACGGCAAUUGGUCCAACCAGCAGCACCUCAACCGCAGCCCUCUACCUCUACACCUUUAUCGCAACACUCAUUAUCCUCCUCGCCGUCGCAUCGGCCAUCGUCGUUCGUAGCGUCAUCCUUCGGCGACGACACCAGCGAUUACUUGACCACCCAACGCGUCAGGGGGCCAACACUGCGGCCGGUGGCCGAACACGGAGGUCUAGGAACGACAUCGGUCCGCCAGUACGGAAGGGGGCCGUGGGUGAGAAACCGGGCGUGUGGGAGACGUGGAUACAGAGAUCUGAGGUUGUAGAUGGCCAUAGUGGACGGCUGGCAUGGACCGAUAUUAAGCCUAUCAGCAUGGCAUACAUCGACUCGGGAAAGGAGGAGCCCCCACCCCAGCAUGUAGAGGGACCACUACCAGCAUGGGGAAUCCUCGGUCCAUUUCGCAGGCGUUCCCGAUCCGUGGUCUCACCCACUUCACCACCUAUCAUCAAAUCACCACCCACCUUCCGGAGCCGUCCAUCCAAAUUACGUGCCGCCGUACUCGUGGCCAUGCCCACACCUGAUUCUUCCAGUGUCGGAUCACUGUGCAAGGUGGGAGGACUUCCACCGAUAGAGAUGGGUACCGUUGAAAUAGCUAUUCGUGAUGAUUGACAUGACGGAACUGUCAACGAGAUGACCUUCUCCUUCCCAAGAGCGGGACUUGUACACUACUCAGUACUCAGACAAGUACUAUUUACUUAUGAUUUCUUCUAUUGCGUAAUCAUCAUCUCAUUGGUGCAUAACUUUGGUGGGGUUCGGAGGUGUGUCCAUGCCCCAAAAUUGCAUAUCUUUAACUUCAGCAGGAAUCAUCCAAAGUGUACGAGAUCUGUGAUCUUGAACUUACC